UAUUAAUUCUACUUUUGUCCUUCCAUAAAAAUAGCUCUGCAGCUCUGCUCAAAGACUCUGAUAACGUAAAUACUGUUUUUCCUUUGAUAAUAGAAGGAAUAUGGUCAGUGUGGUUAGUUGUGUGAAGCAGAACAAUCAACGUAUUUUAUCAUUGCUUCUGGAUGUCCCAGGCAGUGUACCAAAAAAUGAAUUGAAAGAAGCUUUACUUUUGUCUUCAGAGAAAGGCUACAUAGAAUGCACAAACUCUCUGAUCAAAGCCGGUGCUGAUAUUGACUGCCAAAAUAGUUCUGGAGAAACACCAUUGAUCUUGGCUACAAAAGAAAAUAAACCAGACAUUAUAAAAGCUUUAAUUGAAGCAAAAUGUGACUGCUAUAUGACAGCUAAGAGUGGAAAUGCUGCCAUCCAUAUUGCUGCACAGAAGGACUUGUUACAAUGUUUCCAAAUCCUCUUGGACAAUGGUGUUGAUAUCAAUACUAGAGAUCCUGGACAAAAUACACCUCUUAUUAUUUCAAUUAUUAAAAAGAAGUAUUUGAUUUUAGAGGAAGUUCUAUCUCGGCCAGACUGUGAUGUGAAUGCAACUGAUUGUUAUGGAUGGACAGCUCUUCAUCAUGCAGCACAUAAAGCAACUGGGGUGAAACAACUACUGAAAGCAGGAGCAAAUCCUAAUGUGUACAAUGACAGUGGUAACACACCUCUUAUGCUGGCAGCAAUAGAAGGGUUCUCAAAAGUUAUCCAUCUUCUAACAAAAGCUAAUUGUGAUGUUAAUAUGAAAGACAGCUCUUCGGCUCAGAAAACAGCUAUGCACAUCAUAGCUUUGAAAGGUCACUCUGAAUGCAUUGAAGACAUGUUAGAGGCUGGGCUGGAUUUGAAUAUUUUAGACAAUGAAUAUCGAACACCUCUGUGGUAUGCUUUACACAGUGGACGAUUUGAAGCUGUUGAAUCAUUAUUGAAGUAUACAAGUCAUGUUGCUUCUUUUAAUUGUCCCGCUCACGCUCCAGAAACAUCUUGCCCUGUAAAGCUUGCAUUUUUAAAAGGGGCUAAAAAAGUCAUUAAACAGUUCAUACUGAUUGGUUUUGAUAAAGAUCAUAUUCGAUAUUAUAUACAGAAUUCUGAUGAUGUUACUGCUGACUGGACGACUGUAGACCAAAAUGACUGGUUUUCUUUUAUUCAGCAGCCACUGACACUUCUGCAAAUUAGCAGAAUAUGGAUACGCCAUUAUCUGGGAAGAUUAUUUUACCUUAAUGUUUCAAAGCUCCCUUUGCCAAAAUCUUUCCAAGAUUUCCUACUUUUCUCUGACUUCAAAAAUAUUUGAAGUCUGUAUUAAUUUAAUUUUGUGGUAACCACAAGUUUUCUUUUAUGUAACAUGUUUUAAAUAAAUUAUUUUUUAUGCAGCUUUUA